UGGUAUAUCCUCUUCUCGUCCUGGGGUUUAUAAGGUGAAGAUAGCCAAGCCGGCCACCUCACAAAAAGUGUGAGCACAGCAGCCCAGCGUUUGGAUUUUGCAUUCGUCCGGCUCCGGAAGCUCCCGACAGGGUCGCCGCCAUGUCUGCCUUCGUGGGAAAAUACGCAGAUGAGCUGAUCAAGACCGCCAAGUACAUCGCGACGCCCGGGAAGGGCAUCCUCGCCGCCGACGAGUCCACGGGCACCAUCGGGAAGCGCCUCGCCAGCAUCAACGUCGAGAACGUGGAGUCCAACCGGCAGGCGCUGCGGGAGCUCCUCUUCACGGCGCCCGGCGCGCUCGAGUACAUCUCGGGCGUCAUCCUCUUCGAGGAGACGCUCUACCAGAGCGCCGCCGACGGCACGCCUUUCGUGGACAUCCUCAAGGCCGGCGGCGUCGUGCCGGGGAUCAAGGUGGACAAGGGCACCGUCGACAUCGCCGGCACCGACGGCGAGACCACCACCCAGGGCCUCGACUCCCUCGGCUCCCGCUGUGCCAAGUACUACGAGGCCGGCGCGCGCUUCGCCAAGUGGCGCGCCGUGCUCAAGAUCGGCCCCGGAGGGCUGCCGUCCGAGCUCUCCGUCAAGCAGAACGCCGAGGGGCUGGCCCGGUACGCGCUCAUCUGCCAGGAGAACGGGCUCGUGCCGAUCGUGGAGCCCGAGAUCCUGACUGAUGGUAGCCACGACAUCAACGCCUGCGCUGCCGCCACCGAGCGCGUCCUCGCCGCCGUCUACAAGUCGCUCAACGACCACAAGGUCCUCCUCGAGGGCACCCUCCUCAAGCCCAACAUGGUCACCCCAGGCUCCGACAGCCCCAAGGUUGCGGCGCAGGUGAUAGGGGAGUACACGGUGGCGGCGCUAAGGCGCACGGUGCCGCCGGCGGUGCCCGGGGUGGUGUUCCUGUCGGGCGGGCAGAGCGAGGAGGAGGCGACGGCGAACCUGGACGCCAUGAACAAGCUGUCCGUGCUCAAGCCUUGGACGCUCACCUUCUCCUUCGGCCGGGCGUUGCAGCAGAGCACCCUCAAGAAGUGGGCCGGCAAGAAAGAGAACGUCGCCGACGCACAGGCCACCUUCCUCGCCCGGUGCAAGGGAAACUCCGAGGCCACGCUCGGCAAGUACGCCGGCGCAGCCGCGGGUGGGGACGCCGCCGCAUCCGAGAGCUUGCACGUGUCGGGGUACAAGUACUAGCCAUGUACGUCGUCAUGCCUGCGCGCGUGCACGGUGGUGGUACUAGGGUCUCGACGCAAUCCGUGUGCAGAUAUAUGUGCUUCCUUCCUGCGGUGUACUUAAAUUCUCCCUCCCUUCCCCUUCCCUUGCUCCUAUAUGUUUAACCAACACUACUAAUGAUAUAUAAGUGGUCUCUGAAUUCAACCCUUUUAUA